CAGCACGAGGCGUCUAGAUAAUUCAACGUGGGCUAUUGACACUCUGGAUUUUGUUGUGUUCAAUAGACAAUCACAGAAUAGACAGAGUAAUUCAUCGCCGUCCACGCCCACCAUGGGCUCCCAAAAGAUUCUUCCACAAGAGGGGCAGAGAAAUAUUCUGAUCACAUCUGCUUUACCCUACGUGAACAAUGUACCGCAUCUCGGAAACAUCGUGGGUAGCGUGCUCAGUGCCGAUGUCUUUUCCAGAUACAACAAAGCCCGCGGACGACCGACCCUUUUCGUAUGCGGAACCGAUGAAUACGGCACAGCUACAGAAACGAAGGCUUUAGAAGAAGGUGUUACUCCAGAAGAAUUGUGUGCGAAGUACAACAAGAUUCAUACCGAGAUAUACGAAUGGUUUGAGCUGGGCUUUGACAUCUUUGGCCGAACGCCAACCAAACAGCACACAGAAAUCGCUCAGGAUAUCUUCUUGAAGCUUCACGCCAACGGCCAUCUCACUGAGCAUAUCAACAGCCAGCCUUUCUGCGAGAAACAUGGCAAGUUUUUGGCAGAUCGCUUCGUCGAAGGCACUUGCCCGAAAUGCGGUUACGAUGACGCCCGCGGAGAUCAAUGUGACAAGUGUGGUAACCUGCUUGACCCUCUUGACCUUAUCAACCCCCGCUGCAAGCUAGAUGGUGCGACUCCUGUAACAAAAGAGACCAAACACACAUAUCUCCGAUUAGACGAAUUGCAACCAAAAAUUGAAGAGUGGUCGAAGAACUCCAUUGAAAAGGGUGCAUGGUCAAGAAGUGCGAGAAUAAUCACUGAAUCAUGGCUAAAGCAAGGCCUCAAAGAAAGAGGCAUUACUCGGGAUCUGGCCUGGGGUGUCCCAGUACCACUGCCAGGCUACGAACACAAAGUGUUAUAUGUGUGGUUCGAGGCUUGCAUAGGCUAUCCAUCCAUAACGGCGAACUACACCGAAGAAUGGCAAAAAUGGUGGAAGAAUCCCGAGAACGUACAGCUUUAUCAAUUCAUGGGCAAGGACAAUGUUCCCUUCCAUUCGGUCAUUUUCCCUGGAUGCCAGAUGGGCACGCGCGAGCAAUGGACCCAGUUACAUCAUCUUUCCUCGACGGAAUACCUCAAUUACGAGAAUGGAAAAUUCAGCAAGAGCCGCGGAAUUGGUGUUUUCGGAAACAAUGCAAGAGAGACUGGAGUACCUGCAGAUGUUUGGAGAUAUUACCUACUUAAGAACCGCCCAGAGUCCGGUGAUACCCAAUUCGAAUGGCGGUCGUUCAUCGAUGGAAACAACUCAGAGCUUCUCGCCAAGCUGGGAAACUUUGUCAAUCGAGUUAUCAAGCUUGUUAACUCUCCCAAGGCUUACUCUGGUGUCCUGCCAGACUUUGAUGCGCACAACCUACCGUCGUCAUUCAAGCAGCACUUGGAUGAUGUCACAGAUCUUGUGAAGCAGUAUCUGACCGAAAUGGAAGCCGUCCAUCUUCGAAAUGGUGUUCUGAUUGCUAUGAAAGUGGCGGAGGCAGGCAAUGGUCUCAUUCAAGCACAUAGACUUGACAACGCCCUGGUAGCCAGCGAUCCCACACUAGCCGCAGCAGUAGUUGGCACCGUGAUCAACCUGAUCUAUCUCUGCUCUGCCAUCUUCGAACCUUAUCUUCCGGCCACGUGUGCAUCAAUCCGCAAACAAUUGAAUGUCGACUUCCUGCAGAUCCCGUCCGAACAGGACAUUGAAGGCGGCUGGCUACCAACAUAUAUCAAACCUGGCCACAAAAUCGGAAAAGCAGAGUACCUCUUCACAAAGAUCGAUGAAAAGAAGGCCGAUGAGUGGCGAGAACAUUUUGGUGGAAAUCAAGCUGAACGGGAGAAAAAGAAAAAAGCAGAGGCCGAACUGGCCGCCAAGAAAGCCGCAGACAAAGAAAAGAAGAAGGCGAAGAAGGCUGCUCAGAAGACCACUAAAACUACAGGUGGUGAGGGUGUGGAAAGUUCCGCGAAAGGUGGUGCAGAAGGCAAAGAACGGAUCAACAGUGCGCCUGGAAUUGGUGAAGAUGCAGCAGUCCAGAAAGUCGCGGACGGAGUCGCACAAAUCACUCUGCCGUCGUCCUAGACUAUUCUAAUGUUGACCAUCGACGCUCGGUUUGUGGGAAUCUUUGAACCAAAAGUGUCGAUCUACCACGCGACGGAAGAUACUGGAUGGCGGGAGAAUGAUGAACGUGUAUACUCGGCCCUCAACGGCUAUGUUCCAUUUGCAUCGGUCAAAGGCUGGUGCCUCGUGGCCACUGAGGUUAAAGCAAAAGCUGAACCAAGAGUCAAAGAUACUCGGAUUUGGGCAGCAAUACACACGUAGAGCAUAGAGCAUCUAAAUGUUGAGACGAUGAAGACUUCUUGUUCGAGUGCUUGAAUGUUAUUUAUUGCUCUGCCGUAGUACGUUGUGG